GGAUGCUCCGUGACCCCUGCGGAACCGGCUGGCACAGCCUGGUGCCCACGCUGCUCCCGGGCAUCCCUGGCUCCUCCUGCUGCUGCCGGCACAGCAAUGCACAGCACAUCCCAUACGGUGCUGGGGGUAGCAGGGAAGGGGAUGCCCAGGACAGCCCCCAAUAGCUGUGACAAACCCAGAUCACCUGCACUCAAACCCACUCUUACCCCACGGAGCUCUGGCUGAAGCUGUGUGUUCCCAGGUGGGAGCAGCAGCAAAGGAGAUGCUCCAGGUGUCCGUGCUGGAAGCAGGAUGAACCUCGUGGCGAUGGCGACGGAUCCCGAGCUCCAAUGGGUGUCCCUGUGGCUCCGUGUCCGCUGGGCGGCCGUGCUGGUGCUGCUCCUGAGCUCCCUGGUGAUGCUGCUGCUGCCCCUGGCUGCUGUGGACAACCAGUGCCACGCUGUGCUCAAGGGCCUGUCCUUCCUGAGGAGCAAACUGGGCUCCUCGGGAAUCACCAGGUUCACAGGACAGAGCACGGAGCUGAGCGUCACCUCCAAGGGGCUGGAGCUGCUGGUGCUGAAGGGAAAAGCAUCCCCAGAGGUGAAGUUGGAAGCCAGAGCAGCUCUGAAUCAAGCCCUGGAGAUGAAGCGCCAAGGGAAGCGGGAGAAGGCCCACAAACUCUUCCUGUACGCCCUCAAAAUGGACCCGGAUUACGUGGAUGCCCUGAACGAGUUUGGGAUCUUCUCUGAGGAGGAUAAAGACAUCCUCCAGGCUGACUACCUGUACUCCAAAGCUCUGACCAUCUCCCCCCACAACGAGAAGGCUCUGAGCAACCGGGGCCGGACGCUGCCCUUGGUGGAGGAGAUCGACCAGAGAUAUUUCAGCAUCAUCGACAGCAAGGUCAAGAAGGUGAUGGCCAUUCCCAAAGGGAACUCCGCCCUGCGCAGGGUGAUGGAGGAAUCCUACUACCACCACAUCUACCACACGGUGGCCAUCGAGGGGAACACGCUGACGCUGUCCGAGAUCCGCCACAUCAUCGAGACCAGGUACGCCGUUCCCGGCAAGAGCCUGACGGAGCAGAACGAGGUGAUCGGGAUGCACGCCGCCCUCAAGUUCGUCAACACCACGCUGGUGUCGCGCAUCGGCUCCGUCACCAGCAGGGACAUCCUGGACAUCCACCGGCGCGUGCUGGGCUACGCCGACCCCGUGGAGGCCGGGCGCUUCCGAGCCACGCAGGUCUUCGUGGGCCACCACAUCCCGCCGCACCCGCAGGACGUGGAGAAGCAGAUGGAGGAGUUUGUGCAGUGGAUGAAUUCCGAGGACGCCAUGAGCCUGCACCCCGUGGAGUUCGCGGCGUUGGCGCACUACAAGCUGGUUUACAUCCACCCCUUCGUGGACGGCAACGGGCGCACGUCGCGCCUGCUGAUGAACCUGAUCCUGAUGCAGGCGGGGUACCCGCCCAUCACCAUCCGCAAGGAGCAGCGCGCCGAGUAUUACCACGCGCUGGAGGUGGCCAACGAGGGCGACGUGCGGCCCUUCAUCCGCUUCAUCGCCAAGUGCGCCGAGACCACGCUGGACAUGCUGCUCAUCGCCACCACCGAGUACUCCGUGGGGCUGCCCGAGGCGGGAGGCACUGCUGGCUGCAAGCAAACCAUCCCCGUCAAGACUUGAGGGUUUUGGGGCAAGUUGUGGGAGAGCAGAACUCCAAGGGACUCGGUGUUCCUGCUGGGAAAGGACUGGAGAGGUGGCACUCGAGCGUUUUGUUUAUUUAAAGUGUCUUAUAUUUGAUUAAAUUAAUGUAAUUUAUUUAUAUACUGAUGCCAAACGGAAGUGGGGAUGGUGGCUGUGCGCUGGAAGGAGGUGGGGAGAGGUGUCAGAGGGCUCAAAGAGAUGAACUAAAAUUGAAUUCUUUCUUAAAAUUAA